AUGGUUGUUUGGAACAGAACUCCCACAAGACAUUACAAUGCCACGACAGAGAUUGUGGCCCAGUCAGUCACGAUGGAGUAUCGCUUGUUUCCCCUGCAACUUCAAUCUUUCUGCACAGAAAGAAGUCAACAAUCCAGCAAUAAGCAUCACUGCCACUUGACCAAUGAUUUUGAAACUGCUGAGGAUCAUAAUCUCGGAAAGACGCCAAGAUGCGAUCAUGAAAUUGAGCAUCGAAGUUCAGGGCCUCUAUGUGACUUUAAGGUCUGUGGGGGCGAUCAUAUCGCCAGCGCCAUAGACAAUAAGCAUGCCGAAUCAGCCUCAACACAUGCUUGUGGGAGCUGGGAAGACCAAGAAAAAGCUUCUUGUUGCAAAGGCUGUCCAGAUGAAUGUCCUGUUGUGCGCGCCUCUUCAAGUGAGAGAGACGUUGGUGCAUGUUGUGAGGGCUCUUCAAAGGAAUCCAUUGAGUUUUCAAUGGCCCAUGCUUGUAUUAGUUUGGACAAGAGAGGCAUUGGUGGGUGUUGCAAGAGCUACAUGAUGGAAUGCUGUAGUAAGCACGGACAUUUAGGGGCUGCUUUUGGAGGUUUGCCCGAAAUUAUUACUGAACAGGUAUAGCUGGCUCUGGGCCUCAGCCCUCAGUAACAGUUGUCAGCAUGUCUAUUCUUGCUAUAUGUGAUAAAGAAUCCACAAGAGUAGAACCCAAAAUUUCUCACUAGAAGUGCAUAUAUACUAUAACUUCUUGGUAUUACUCAUGUAUAAUUUGAAGAUAUCUCAUAAUUACGGUAACCUCAAUUUGACCAAGCAGAUCCGCUGGAGAUAAUCAUCAAGUAGGAACCUGACUUACCCUAUGGUAUGAACUGAGGAUAAUUAUAUAGGUCAAUACAACAUGAUGAAGCAUUUUCCCCUGUUUUUCUAGGUUAUUAGGAAUUAGGCUCCGUCAACACAUGUGGGAGGGAAAAAGUGAAGGAAAAUCACCCACAUGGGAGUUCGUUGAUUAGGUGCUGAUGACUUGCUUUUUUGUAACCUCAUGUUUCACCUAUACCACGUGCUGCUGGUUGUACUAACUGUUGAUGCAAGAAGCAGGCACUUAGCUUAUAUCAGUCUAUGUCACUGAAGUGUAUUGCCCUUCUCUUUGUUGUUGUUGUUGUUGUUUUUGGUUUAUGAACAAAGGAGCGGCCUACUAGCUGCUAAAGCUUAAA